ACGCAGACGAAUUUUCAUUCCAAAUGAAAAUCUGCCUAUCGAAUUCUGGUAUUUAUUACUUCGGAGCAAAAAGAUGACAAACAGUGAAACUGAAAAAAGCCAUUCCCUUGUAAAUUUUUUCGUCUUUGAUACUAAUCGGAAUUUCCCAGAAGAUGAGGAAUACAAAAGUAUUGUUUACUAUUAUCCAAAGGAGACUUCAAAGGAUACCCAAAUGAAAGAAAUUGGCAGGACAGCUGCAAUAUUAAAAUUUAGCCAAACGUUUGGGACCUCUGGUUCAUGCCAUUCAUUACAUACUAGAAAAACAAGACAGUAUUUCAAUGAACCAGAACCUGGGUUUUGCAUGGCCAUGACUGUGAAGUUGCCCACUGUGCCUGUUGAUAAUGACAUUGAGACACAUGACAAGGUUUUUAACUCUCUCCUUGUCCAUUCAUAUCACAUGUUUCGCCUUUUCAUGGGAAGUAUGAGUUCAGCUUUAAAGGUUUCAGACCAACCUGAAGAAGAGUUAGAGCAAUUGAAACUAAGAGCAGCUUACUUUUACUCCAAGCACUUGCAGAUGAUGCCUUUAGAAGAUGCUGAUCUAGCAGAUGCAUUCCUUGGAAUUCAAUUCUUACCAAUGGAUAAAUUGUCUUUCCUUAAAGUCAGAAGUCUAGUUAGUCAUGUUGAACAGACAUUUUCUUGUAUUACUUCUACAACAGUGCUUUAUCAAGAUCAAAUUGUGUGGACUGGUCUCUGUCAAGAUGAUAUCCAGCUAAUCUACAACUACCUCACCACAAAACUAUUUCCUGCAUCACUAAGCCUUAGUACUGAAACCAGAUUUUUGACAGGUCCUGCCGAUGUGCACAGUCUCUCGUCAGAAAUGCGCAUUCCCCAUGUGUUUCUAAACCAUAGUCAAAACAUUCCAGAUGAGUGUCAGUUGGUUGUUUAUAGAAUUGCAGGAGUUACAGUUUGUCUAUUCAUACCAGCGUCUGUCGAACUGGAUCAUGAUUUUUUUGCAUCACUUGAUUUAAUUGUUGGGCCAAGGAUAAUUGCCCUCUCGGCAGAUGUAGCAGAGCAAGCGUUGGUACGAAAAACUAAUUCAUCUCUCAAUACGGGCACGGACUCCAUUCGUUUCCUAUAUUUUAACCAAUGGAAUAUGGCGUUUAAAUCUACGCUUCAUCAAAGCAUACCUGGACAUAGAAGAAUUCUGCAAUGUCAACCAUCGGCUAAUAACGACGUUAUUAAGACAUGUGCCGAUUUGUGCGAAGAUUUUUCGAGUUUUGGAGAAGGUGAGAUUCUUGUUAAAACGAAAAGCGACGCCUGGGUUAUAGGAAAGUUGUCUAACCAACGGCACCUGUAUGUAGUGGUCACCCGCAAGAACGCUGAAUUGGUUGAUAUUUGUGAUGAAGUACGGCGACUUAGAAAUCUUCUAUUUAAGGAUAUCUUGUUGUUGGAGUAACGUUUUAUGCAGCAAAUUGUUACUUCAUUUGAAAACACGUAUGCGAACUUUAAAUGCGCUAUGUACUUUUUUUGUCUUAAUCUUCUUGUUAAUGCUUGUAAAUAAACCAUUACAGGAUGUAAA